AUGCUCCGGAGUGCAGGCAGAAAAGCGAUAGCUUUCUUGGAAACAACGGGGACAAAGAACUUCAUUAGUUUAAAAAACGAAGUGUGUGUGGGAAAUUGGUGUUUUGGUUGUAACUUGGUGGUGUCAGGUAAGUGGAGGUGUUUUCAGUCUUCCUUUCUUUGGGGUUUCUCUUCCCGUUGCUGUGAAUAAUACUGCAUGGACGCAGUUAGAGACAGUGUAACAGUGCAUAGUUAAACUAUGGAACUCAUUUCCUCAGGAGGAAGCAAUAGCCAUCAACUUGGGUGAGACAAAGUCAGGAAGGAUGAGGCUGCCAAUGGCUAUUAGCCAUGAUGGCUGUGCUCUACUUCUGAAUAAUAAUAAUAAUAAUUUAUUAUUUAUACCCUGCCCAUCUGGCUGGGUUUCCCCAGCCACUCUGGGCAGCUUCCAACAAAAUAUUAAAAUACUGUAGUCUGUUAAACAUUAAAAGCUUCAGUAAACAGGGCUGCCUUCAGAUGGCUUCUAAAAGUCUGGUAAUUGUUUUUCUCUUUGACAUCUGGUGGGCGGGCGUUCCACAGGGUGGGUGCCACUACCGAGAAGGCCCUCUGCCUGGUUCCCUGUAACUUCACUUCUCACUGUGAGGGAACCACCAGAAGGCCUUCGGUGCUGGACCUCAGUGUCCGGGCAGAAUGAUGGGGGUGGAGACACUCCUUCAGAUAUACUGGACCGAGGCUUUAAAGGUCAGCACCAACACUUUGAAUUGUGCUCAGAAACGUACUGGGAUACUGAAUACCAGUUGCUGGAAACCACAGGAGGGGAAGGGUUCUCUUGUGAUCAAAUCCUGCUCCCUGGUUUCCCACAGGCAUCUGGCGGGCCAUUGUGAAAACAGGCUGCUGGACUAGAUGAGAUGUGGGCCUGAUCUGGCAGGCUUUUCUUAUUUUCCUGUGUUCCCAGAACAUGGCAAUCGGAGAUAGACUGCCUCUGAAUAUGGAGGCUGUAUUUAGCUGUCACAGUUUAACCACCAUUUAUAGAGCUUUCCUUUGUAAAUUUCGCCAGUUCUCUCUAAAAAAAGGAAGGUUAUUUAUGCGAAUGGACAUCACCCCUCUGGUAGGCAUAUGAAUUCCUUGUGGCAAGCGUGUUAUUUGAAGUAGGGUGUCCUUUUAAAAAACCACAAUUGUUAUAGAAACUGCUUUUAAUAAAAAACUGAAUAAAUGAAAGGACUUUGCAAACAACCUUUCACCCCCUUGGGAAUGGAAAUGCAUCUUUGCACAUUGUACUCCAUGCUCAGCGUGACUCCAUGCUCAGUGUGCCUAAAUUUGCCUUAUCCACAAAGCAAAAACGCAUCAGUGCUACUUCUGCUGGUUUAAGGUUUUCUGAUUUGAGGCCAUGCCUUGGUGAAGAGACAUGGCAGCAAGCUGAUCAAAGCUGGGCAUCACAUAACAACAGUCGGGGAGGUGCUAAAAUAAAUAAAAAACAGUGAUAAUAAUUGUUACAUACUGUAUUUUUCGCCCUAUAGGACGCACUUUUUCCCCUCCAAAAAUGAAGGGGAAAUGUGUGUGUGUCCUAUGGGGCGAAUGCAGGCUUUCGCUGAAGCCUGGAGAGCGAGAGGCAUCGGUGCGCACCGACACCUUUCGCUCUCCUGGCUCCAGGAAGCUAUCUGCAAGCCUUGCGCACCCGGGGGGAAUUCCCCCGGGCACGCAAGGCUUGUGGGCUGCAGUGCGGAGCACGGGGCGCCCUCCGGAGGACGCCCCGUGCUUCGCGCAGGUGUCCACAAGCCUUGCGCACCCGGGGGGAGAUCCCCCCCUGGGCGCGCACGGCUUGCGGGCGGCAGCCUGCAGCGCGGAGCACGGGGCGCCCUCCGGAGGACGCCCCGUGCUUCGCGCAGGUGUCCCCAAGCCUUGCGCACCCGGGGGGAGCUCCCCCCCUGGGCGCGCACGGCUUGCGGGCGGCAGCCGGCAGCGCGGAGCACGGGGUGCCCUCCGGAGGACGCCCCAUGCUUCGCGCAAGUGUCUGCAGCCUGCCGCCCGGCGUGUGGGGCGCCCUGAAGCAGAGCGCCCCUCACGCCGGGCAGACAUCGGCCAGCCCCACAAGCUCGGGGGACAACGGGGAGGCGCAGCGCCAUCCCACUGUUCCCUGACCUGGUUUUGGGGGGGAAAUAAAGGAAAAAAAAUUUUCCUUUAUUUCCCCCCCCCCCAAAAAGUAGGUGCGUCCUAUGGGACGGAGCGUCCUAUGGAAAGAAAAAUACGGUAACUUUUCAGAGGGUCACAAAAGAAAAUGUGUUCUCUCAACCAUAAUCUGUGCUUAUGGCUUUAUAUAAAAAAUAAAAAAUGAAUAGCAGCUGAGCUGAGAGACCAACAACAGAAAGGCACCCAGUGGUGAUCUCUUCAGAGGAGGAGUUUUGCUCUGAGGGAGAAUUAAGGGACUGAGCCAAGUGAGUUAGUGCCUCUGCGCUGGAUGUUACUCAUAGACACCUACCUUGGAGCUGGGUCUGCAACAAUAUGUGAGUGGUUUAAAAUAUCUCUGAGAUUACUGAAUAAAUUACCUUCAGGUCCAAAGCAGUUAAGGGGAGCCACUAUGCUGGAGUUGAUAGAGAGCUGGAAAGAGGCCAGGGCCAGGGUUGCCAACUUUUCCUCACUGGCUCCUGCUCCUCCACCUUUAAUUUACCGCACAAUAAAUGUUUAUAUUCAUACCACGAAGAGCUCCACAUGCUGAUUUCUAAAAAUCAAGCUGCUGUAAAAAAAACAACAGAACAGGUUUGACAACAUGCAUUUAAUUGCCUUAUUAUUAAAAUUUUAAUUAGGUGAAAUAAAGCAGAGGAGCAAACUACUUUUUUCCCUCCUGGUCAGCUGGCAAUCCUAGCCAGGAAAGUCAUUCAUCAGCACACAUUUUCACAAGGGAUGUUACAAAUGUACACUUGUAAUUAAGCCUCUCCGUACUUGGUGGAGUUUUUACUUUUGAGUAAACAUGCAUGAGAUCAGAAUGUAUGGAAUUUUGCUUAGUUUCAAAUAUAUCCUCUCAAAACAUUGCGAAAGCUGUAUAGGAAACUGAAGAGUUUUUUGGUUGUUUUUUUAAAGGAACAUUGUUUUUAGUCAAUAUAGAUUUCUCAUUUGCUUUACAGAUGUGGGAAAAGCAAAAGCCGUUGAACUGUUAUUUGUGAAGAUUUCAUGAAAGUCGCUGCAGACAGAACAUUCCAGGGCAAGCAAGAAAUCAAGUGAAUGAAAUACAGUAUUUAAAACAAAGCAAGGUCAAGACAAAGUAAGUUGGGUUAUUAUUUGUUAUCAAGUUCAUAAUAAUAAUAGUAGUAAUAAUAAUAAUAAUAAUAAUAAUAAAUGCCAAUAUAUUUAAAUGGUGACUUGUCCCUUCGUUUGAGGAGUCUCAUGUAAUAAUGGCACCAAAUAUUAUGGUUGAUCAGUAUUUCAGUAUUUCCACAUCUUUCACAAUCCAAGAAUGAGUUAAUAGGACAAAUGUUAAAAAUGAGCGCAAGUGCUUAUCUAUGCUGAAAUCGGGACUAGAAAUUUUACUUAUUUACUCAUUUGUUGAAUUUGUAUACCGCCCUAUACCUGGAGGUCUCAGGGAAGUUCACAGAACAAAAUCAAAUUGUAAACCCACAAAAUAUAUAAUCAAAAUAAAAACAACAACCCAAUAACAUCCCCGCCCCCCGGUAAAGAAAUGCACUUUAAAGGGAAAGGUAGACAGCUCGUGAAGUGCGCAGAGCUUGCAUGUCUAGAUGACAAGGUGAAAAUGAAGACUGCAAAAUACUCAUUGUUCGCAAAUCCUUUACAAACUUGGCCUUGAAGGUGGCUGGCAGGGAGCUCACAUGACUGCCUUUAGAGUAACUCCCCACCCAGCAAUUGCUUUCAUACAGACAGCAUGCUUGCACCAAAGAUUCAUUGCUGCCACACUUGUGUUUUCCGCAACAAACACCCCCAUGGUGAAUGGCAGAUACGUGACCUGUGUGCUCACCCCUGGGAGCUCAGGGGGGUCACAGCUCCCCGAAAUAGCCACAGAGGGAUGUUUUAGGGGCUGCCUUUGCGGAGUCCAGAGAAGCAUGGGUGCAGCUGGGCGGGGGGCAAUCCUGCCCAUGCAGAGAACCUAUCGGAAUUAAUGAAUGGGGCCUUCCCACAAAAUUCCAAGAAGUGCAAAUUUCAAAGGGUGUCUGAGUUUCGGUGCGAAUUAGGCAGAUUCGCCUUUCAAUGUGAACCGCCUCGAAUUCAUCCCCAUCCUGAGCCCCAGGGGCUCCUGCGUCCUAUCACCAGAGCCGAAAUGGUUAAAGGGACAAGAAUUUCUGGGAAAGCUGUUGCCUGCUCAAACUUUGGAACCCUGCAGGGGGACGCUUUGCUUUAUUUUUGUUUUCUCCGAUCCAGCUAAAAAAACAGUUUGUGCGAGGAGGCAAAGUCUCUCAUUUUGACCCCGGGGCUUGUCCUAGCGAGUGAAAAGAACUCGCUCCCCACCCUCACCAGGUCACCAACAAAGAGGAAGGUCAUGAGGUUCAUCAGGGAAAGGCGCAGCUCUUCUGGAACAUCUGGAACAUCUGCUCAUAACUUAUUGAAGAAGCGACAGUGCUAAGCUAGCAGAAUGCCAAAGUUUUGCAGACUUCCGCAAACUGCAAGGAGUGACUGUCAGAUAUUUGGAGUAUGAAGGCCAGGAGCUUGGGAUUCCACAGUACCUUGAGUUAGGCUGCUUUCUUCCUAGAAAGAGGGAGCAGGUUGCUACAGUGCAGAGCUUUAGUAACCUCUUUGAGCCUUCUGGCUCCAUAAUGCUGGUAGAAACCCUGUAUGGCAAGGGUAGCCAAUGUGGGGCCCUCUAGAAGUUGUUAGACUAGAACUGACAUCAUGCCUGACCAUUGGUCAUGUGUUGGCUGGAAUGUGGUUGGUUCAACCACAUCUGGAAAGCACUAUUUUGGUUACUCUUGCUGUAGGGAGACUGAUGGUUUGGGCAAAAUAUUCUCAUUACAACCCCUCUCCCCAAGGAGAGUUGGAGCAUGGCAGUGUAUCUCCUUGAUCAUUUUGGUUGCCCUUUUCUGAACCUUUUCCAACUCCUUUUUGAAGCGAGGCCACCAGAGCUUUACACAAUAUUCCAAAUGCAUGCAAGGCAGAUGCUCUACCACUGAAUUAUGGCCUUUCUUCUGUACUUAUAUGAGGGAUCCCAGUGGUCACUCCCUUUUCUAGACCUCCCAGUAUGUUUCCUGAGAAGCUUUCUUUGUCUUUAAGGAACACUUGUCCACCAUUAAUUAUAAUCUGAACUAAGGAACUCCAGAUAAUCUUCAAGGUAACCCCAAACAUAGAAACCACUGCACUAUCCAGCUAGUCACAGAACUGUAGAGUUGGCAGGGGCCACAAGGAUCAUCUAGUCAAACCCGCUGCAAAUGCAGGAAUCUUUUUGCCCAACGUGGGACUCGAACGCCCAACCCUGAGAUCUCAUGCUCUACCAACUGAGCUGCUCAAUUAUUGUUAGCGCGUCUGUUCUCAGCUACUCUUACUGUUCAACAGCUCUGGAAUCCGACUUAUCUGCAGGGCCUAAAGCUCUUGCAUUCCUCACUUGCUUUUCUCGGAGAGUUUUUUUUAUUUCCCUUCGGUUCCUGGCUAAGUUUAAAGAAGGGUCAACUGCAACUUAGUGUUCUGCCUACCGGUAUUUUCACCAACAGGCAUUUGGUCUAAAUGAGAAGAUAUUUUCAGUAUCAUUCCAUGGGACCAAUCCUGCUGCAUCAACACAUUAUUAUGGGGCUCCUUUAACUUUGGGGUAAGUUUCUUCUCAUAUUUAUGCACGGUUGCCCAUGGGUGCUGUGACGGGGCUCAAGCCAUACUAUGUCUUUUGCACUGGGACAUAGAUCUCUUGCCUUUUCCUCUCCCCUUAAAAACAACAAUGAAGAACUUUCUCAAAGCUUUUCACAGCCAGCUGGGUCUGCUGCAAAGCACAGUGCUGGAAGACUCCAGCUACCUGCCAUCUUGAUUUGUGGAGGCCCAAUCCAGUUACAGUGGAGAGCCAAAGUCCCUUACCCCCGUCCCUCUGAAAGCCACCUAAAAUUCACAUAAAGCACACUAUGUAAACUUUAUGUAGAUUUGUGUCACAUGCCUAUGCCCUGAGUUUUUAUGUACAUACCAUUGCUCCUGGCUGUUGCCAUGUUUGGCAAGUGUUUGACACAAAUAGUAGAUGUUUGUGAGGUGUCAACGAACCAUUAGAAGCCUCUUUUGUAUGGCUGACAGAUAUCAGAUCACAAUAUCUGUGGAACGGGCACUUUUACACAGGGCUUUUUUCCCCAGCCAGAACUCACUGGAACUCUGUUCUGGCACCUCUCAGGUGGGCACCAUUGCCAUUAUAAGAAAACAAGGGAGGGGGCCAUGGUGAGUUCCCGCACCUCUUUUUCUAGAAAAAUAGCACAAGUGCCACAUAACAUUCAUUCAGCACUUGUGAGAAAUUGACGUUUCAGUGCAGCACUACCAAAUCUCUGGAACUCCCUGCCUAUUGAUAUCAGGCAGACGCCUUUGUUGUACUGCCUUUUGAUGCCUGCUAAAACCUGUUUGGUCUCAGCAAGCCUACCCAGACCUGUAUUUUUAUUGCAGAUACCUGUUUUUGAAGCUGUUAACAGCAGUUUCCUUUCCUGAAGGCCCCUCCUCACCUGGAGCUGGCACUGCCUGUGACUGUGUGUGUAUUUAAUGGCUCUGUUCACAGAGGUCAAAACUGACAUAUUUUCAGGUCCAUUUAUGUCAGUGACCUAGAGUUCUAUCAAAUUCUGCCUUUUUGCUUAUGCUUCAGACUUCUGCUUGGGCAAUGGAACGUCUCCUCCUUCUCCCCUACAACUCCCUCCCCCACUCUCAAAACGUGCUCCAGGGGGCUGGGGGUCCCUUUGGAUCAGGUUUGGGGGGUCAGGAUAGGGGGAGUCCCAUUGCAUGAGCUGAUCACCCUUUGCGCAGUGUUGGAUAUAACUUCUAGUAAAGCCUGUGCUUAAUCUUUCCCAUUGCAUACCCUCCAACAUUUCUCCAAUGAAAAUAGGGGUGCACUAUUCAAUAAUAAUAUAAUUAUAAUUAUAUGCCCUUCAUCUGACAGGGUUGCCCAAGCCACUGUAAGUGGCUGUCUUUAGAUGUCUUCUAAAGGUUGUAUAGUUACUUAUCUCCUUGGCUCGGAGGUUGCAUAACUCUAUACCCUCCAACAUUUCUCUGGUGAAAAUAGGGACGUCCUAAGGAAAAGUGGGACAUUGCAGGAUCAAAUCAGAAACCAGGACAGCUUCUGUAAAUCUGGGACUGUCCCUGGAAAAUAGGGACAUUUGGAGGGUCUGCCAUUAACAUAAAUUGCAUCAUUUUGGCUGGAUUGUGGUGACUUCUUCUUCUUCUUCUUCUUCUUCUUCUUCUUCUUCUUCUUCUUCUUCUUCUUCUUCUUCUUGUUUGAGUUUGAUACACUCUCUGUUUCUGUCCCAUACACUCUCAGAAUCCACUGCAUAAAGAUGGAUACCAUCCCCUUUUUUGUUCUGUAAAAUGCUCAGAAACAGGAAUGAUGUGUCAUGUAAGAUUUCUUCAUAACAUAUCUUUUUUGCCAGUUAAAAUUCCAUCUGACUCUUCAACAAAAAGGGCAAUUUCGUUGAACGAAAGUUAUCUGUGUCAACAGUCAACACAGUGUAGGAAACAAAAACGAGCUUUGUAAAUAUUUCCUUUAUUCCAAACACAUGCAGAGUGCAGCUGCGAGGAUUAACAUACUUGCACUUUAAUCUGUUACGUAGAGCAACUCAGCUUCAAAGCCAAGAUGCUUUACCUUCCCAGUGGACCGUGCUGCGACUAGAGGAGAGGUAAUAUUUUCCCCUAAGACACAAGGCUGUUUCGCACAACAUGGUACGAUUCCUUAGCAUUCAUACAGUCUUGCUGAACCAUACUUUGUUGUGCGACCCAAGAAAACUUUUUGGAUUACUUCCUGAUUUCCAAACGUUUCUGGAUGAGUGAUGUUGAGACUAACCAGGACUGGUCCGAGUCAUUUAGCUGCCUGGGCAAGAUCCACAGAUUGAGGAGCACCCAGUUAGGAUAGGCUGGGAGUGCCCCUCUGCCACGAUCAACACAAGCCUGGGGCUGACGUGGUUCUUCCAAUGACGGAAUUAGUGUCAACAACAAAGCUCAACAACUUUCCUUUAAAAAGUACUUUUUGUGUCUGGAUUUUUACUUCUUGGAAUAUGGCGACCCUACAUCAGAGCCAAUAUAGAACUGGAGUCAGAAGGCUCGACUUCUUGGCUCAGGGAACCAUGUGCCUUCCUCCUAUUACGAGUAGGAUUAGACUAAUGUUCAUGAAAAUAGCAAUAAGUGUUGAGGGGUCCCUAGUAUCAAUUAUUAUUUUCUUCCUCCAGGGGGUUGGACUAGAUGACCCCUGGGUUCCCUCCCAACUCUACAAUGCCACGAUUAUUUCAUUUUGUUUUAUUGCUGCAACAGUUGCAAGCAUUAGGAAACUGAGUGAAACACAGUGGUCCUAACCCAGCCCAGAGCUGAUUUCUAUGGGCUUCAGUGUGCUGGACUGUGUCUCCAGAAUGGCACUCAUCAAUUUAUUGACUACAGCUAUCAUGCCUAAUCUUACAAGUUACUUCAUUAUAAAUGAAGGGGAGCAGAAAAUCAACUUUUUUAAAAAAAAAGAUAAAUGGGCUUCCUUUAUUACUUUCCGGAGUUCUAUAUACAGAGAGACUGAAAGAGGAAGCAAUACUUCUUAUUAACUGUGACAUCCAUUCAGCUUUGAUGAAUGGAUGUAUUGGCUGCGUCCUUUCCUAUUCAUAGUGGUACAUAAUGAGAAUGAAUUACUGGCUGAUAAUUUGAUGUAUAAAUAUUGCAUUUAAAUGUGUUAAUGUCUUGGGUUGGGUUUUUUUAAAGAAUUGGCACGCACACAAGAUGUGAGCUGUAACAUUUUAACCAGCAAAAAGCUAGAAACAAAUACUUUAUGUGUGCCAUGGUCUCCCAGCCACCUGGUGCUUGGGUACUUUACAAAGCACCAUAAAAAUGUUUGUGGUGCUUAAUGUGCAGUAAUUUUAAAAGCAUAUGCAUGUGCUUAAACACAUGUUUAAAGGGAAAUGGGGCAGGGCGGGGAAGGAACACUAAUGUUUAAAACACCCGGAGGAUACAAUUUGUUUCCAGGUGAGGAACAAAGACGGAUAACUGGAGGGGAAGGGCUAGGACAGUCCCACGCCUGAGAGCCCGGAAAGCUGUUGCCCGUUAAUGUAGACAAUACUGAGCUAGGGAGGCUCAUCAUCCACACAUUUUUAAACUGGGUUGGGGAAAGGGUUAAGCAUCCUCUGUGGCAGAUAAUCCCCCUGAAAGUGGCACUCUGCUCCUUCUUUAAUGCAAGCAUAGGUUUGAGAGUUGUGUGCUUGCUUCAUAACAUCCCAUCCCAACCUCUAAGGGUCUCUUUGAAAAUGCUCUUCUUUCUUUUUAAAGCUAG